AUGCCCACCAACGGGUGCGUGCUCAUCCUGGUGCAACUAGUCUCAUGUGCUGACUUGAGAUCAUACAGGUCUGCCCCACAGUACAAGGGUGUAACUGCCCCCGUUUCGACUUCCGAAUCCACGCCACGAGAGAAAGAGAUUACAGUCACGCUUCUGGAGGAGCUUAGACGUCAAGGCACGUUUGAGACCGAUGACGAAGCCAGGACAAGAGAGGCUGUCCUAGAGCGCAUAGCAGGCCUCGUCAAGAAAUUCGUCCACAAGGUCUCCCUUGAUCGCGGUCUUUCAGAAGGCGCAGCCACUGCUGCAGGUGGCAAGGUCUUCACGUUUGGAUCCUACCGCUUAGGUGUUCACGGCCCCGGCUCGGACAUCGACACCCUCUGUGUCGUCCCCAAGCAUGUCUCGCGAGAAGAUUUUUUCCACGUCUUCGAGCAAAUGCUGAAGGACACGGAUGGUGUCACCGAGGUGUCGGGCGUUCCCGACGCUUAUGUGCCCAUUAUCAAGAUCAAGAUCCAACGCAUCCCCAUCGACCUCGUCAUGGCGCGUCUAGCUCUCUCGACAAUACCGGACGACCUAUCGCUGCAGGACAACAACCUACUUCGGAACCUGGACGAGCGUUGCGUCCGAAGUUUGAACGGAUCCCGCGUGACGGACGAGAUCUUGCGGCUGGUUCCCAACGUCGCCGUGUUCCGAGAUUCUCUGCGGUGUAUCAAACUCUGGGCCCAACGGAGAGCGAUCUACUCGAACGUAAAUGGUUUCUUGGGAGGCGUAGCCUGGGCCAUGCUCGUCGCUCGAAUAUGUCAGUUUUACCCUAAUGCCGUCGCAGGAGCGAUUGUCAGCCGCUUCUUCAUAAUUAUGUAUCAAUGGACUUGGCCUCAACCUGUAUUACUGAAAAAUAUUGACGAAGGACCGUUGUCCGUGCGAAUCUGGAAUCCGAAACUAUACCCAGGGGAUCGGGCGCAUCGAAUGCCGAUCAUCACCCCGGCAUAUCCUGCGAUGUGCGCCACCCAUAAUGUCACCCAGUCGACGCAGCAAAUCAUGACUGAGGAAUUUAAAAAGGCUUCGGAUAUUGUCGACAAGGUCAUCGCGAAGAAGGCGACCUGGCAAGACCUUUUCGCCAAGCAUGACUUCUUCCAAAGAUACCGUCACUAUCUUCAAGUCGUCGCUUCCACCGGUCACCCCGAUCUACAGAUCAAGUGGGCUGGUACGGUCGAGGCUCGUAUACGACAGCUUGUCAUGAAGCUUGAGUUUGUGGACAGCUUAGAGAUCGCCCAUCCGUUUAUCAAGGGUCUCGAGCGGACGUCGUUCUGCUUGAAUGACGAGGAGGUACAUUCUGUUGCCGAGGGUGAAAUUCCCGAAGCCGUCGCUAAGAGGAAAAAGGAAGACAUAGAGGACAAGGACGGUGCAAGGACGGUCUACACUACCAGCUUCUACAUCGGUAUCGCGGUAGCCCCCAAACAACCGGGCGCAACUGGACCUAGGAAACUGGACAUCUCUUAUCCUAUCACAGAGUUCACUAAAGUCGUGAAGCUAUGGGAGAAGUUCGAAGAUCCGAAGAUGGGCAUUUAUGUCCGCAACCUGAAGAGCUCCUCGUUGCCUGACUACGUAUUUGAAGAAGAUGAACGACCACCGCGGCCGCUCAAACGACCGCAGAAGGAGUCACUUCGCCUGCUCAUACCGUACCGGUGCAAACGCCGUACGCCUUCCCCAGGGCACCCGAGCCGAAUGGCGCACACAAACUCCCCGACCUUGUCGCGCGCGGGGACUGCGAGCCCGCAGACCCUAUGA